UGGAGAUUGUUAAAAGAGUCUAAUGACUAUGACUUUAAGUUGGUUGAAUUUCAAAAAGAUUUGAUUCUUAAUCACUAUCUUAACGAUGAUAUCGAAAGUCUCAAAAAUAUCCUUAAAAGUGGAGGAAAUCUAAUUCGAAAUUUUGCUGAAAUAUCCAAUAAAUCUUUGUUUAGAAACUCAAUGAUAGGAACUAAGCUAUUGAUUCAUGAUUAUAUCAAUUUGAUUAAAAGGGUUUUAGUCAAAAUAUACGUUUCAAACGAUCCACACACCACCUCUUCAUUUUUACGAUACUAUAGUGAUGAAAAAUUUGAAUUUUUUUCAAAUUUGAAGAAAAACUUUGGAAAUACAGCUUUGAUUCUUCAAGGUGGUACAAUUUUUGGAAUGUUUCAUUUAGGUGUUAUUAAGUCUCUUUAUUACCAAAAUCUAUUACCAUUAAUUAUGUUGGGCAGCGGUUACGGUUCUUGUAUUGCAUCAAUAAUUUGUGCCACUCCUAAUACUCAUUUGAAUCUUUUUUUUAAAAAUUUAGAAAAAGAUUUAAUCAAGUUUAUUGAUAAUAAUUAUAACUCCUAUAAUAAAUAUAAUCAAUUUUAUGAUAAUAACUACGACAUUUUUGAUGAAAUCCUUUUGAAAUCCAUAUAUAAUAACGACAACUUAACUUUUCUAAAAUUCACUAUUUUCAGAUUGAAUAAUUUGACCUUUGAGGAAUCUUUUGUUCAAAGUGGCGGUAGAAUUUUAAAUAUUAUUAUUUAUAUCAACAAAACACCGAUUUUGUUGAAUCAUAUAACGACUCCAAACGUUAUAAUAUCAUCAGCGAUAAUUGCUUCAAUUAUUCCAACUAAUAAUAAUGUUCUAUUGAUUAAAGAUUUUAAUGACAAUAUUAUAAAUUUAAAAGAAUUUAAAUUUGAAAUGUCACCAUAUCAAAGAUUAACUGAAUUAUUCAAUGUUAACAAUUUUAUUAUAUCUUUGGCCAGACCUUAUCUUUCUUCUUUAAUAAGCAAUCAAAUUAAGUUUAUUGAAACAAAAAAUCAUUUUAAAAGUUACUUUAAAACUUAUUACUAUUUCAAAUUCAAAAAUUUAAUUAAACUACAACUUAUUCACUUUUUAGAAAAUUAUUUAAUCCAUUUAAAUUUUGAAAUAAAUUUUUUUCGGAAAUUAACUGUCGAUGAGAAAACUCCCAGAAGUUUGUCAUCCAGCAUUACUAUAGUUCCAAAAGAAUCAAAAACUAAUAUGGCUAAACUUAUUAUUAGAAGCGGUAGUAGAAUUAAUUAUCGAAAUUCUAUUGCCACUAAUAUUAGAAAUAAUCUGGUGUGCUCUAUUGAUAACAUGGCUUACUGGAUACAAUUAGGAGAAAAAAGUGUUUGGCCGAUGCUACCUAUUUUAGAUGUAAGGUGUUCAAUAGAGUUUUUGCUUGAAUCUAUU